AUGGAUCGUCGCGGUGCAUUUCAGGGUGGUUUCGGUAGCAGUAGUACCGGUAGUUUUGAUAGUCAUACUUCAUUUGAUUAUACUGAAAAAUGGUCCAGUUCAACGAGAAGUCAAGUUAGUGGACCGCGGAGAAUAGGUAGUGGUUUACGUCGUAUAACGCUCGACUGCGAUAAGCCAUGGACUCCGGUAACAAAGCUUGGUCGUUUAGUGAAGGAUGGGCGAAUAGGUACAAUUGAGGAGAUCUAUUGCAGAUCGAUACCCAUCCUUGAAUAUCAAAUUGUGGAUCUAUUGGUGCCAAAUCUAAAAGAGCGGGUAUUGAAGAUUCUUCCGGUACAAAAGGAAGUCCGAAGUGGAUUACGCACUCGAUUCCGCGCUUUUGUUGCCAUUGGUGACAAGAAUGGGCACGUGGGUCUUGGAGUGCAGUGCGCAAAGCGUGUUAGCACUGCAAUUAGACGUGCGAUUUAUCGUGCUAAAACAGCGGUAGUACCCGUACGGCGGGCUUAUUGGCAUACGGAAUACGGCCUGCCUCAUACUAUACCCUGCAAGAUAAUGGUUCGUUAUUGUGACGUGCGAGUAACACUUUAUCCAGCUCCUCGCGGUACCGGUAUUAGUGCACCUCCUAUAGUGCAGAAACUACUGCAUUUAGGUGGCAUUCAGGAUUGCUAUACGUCAGCAUCCAGUUACACAACGCUAGGCCCAGUUGCAAAAGCUACAUUUCUUGCCAUUCAGCGUGCUUACUUGUUUGAGCCGAAGAAUGAGAAGACUGAUGAGGAUAAUGCGUUUCUGGAACUGAUGACCAAUCGUGUAAAAUCAUUGGCAACUCGGGUCACUGCAAGUUUGUCAACAAGUCCGCCACUGUUGUCUUCUGCUGGAACUAGCAACGAUGAGGAAGUGAUUAUUGAGAAACCUUCCUUGAAACGAAUCGAAUCGUUCACUUCACAUAUACGUCGCUUUGCAUUCACAUCGUCUAUAAAACGCUCUCCGGACGAAAAUGUCUCAAGUCCGGGAAGUUCAGAGUCGGAUAGUACUGUUGAUGUCAUCCAGGAAGAAAAUAUAACGCUUGCAAAUGAAGCUGCGGAAAAUCAAUAUUUCACAUAUGACGUCAAGCAUGCACAACUCAGAAUAACGGUAGUCGGUCCGGGUGGAGUUACUAUCCCGGAAGUAGAUCGGCUACGACAUUUGAUACCGGAUGGAACAGUUACCGUAAUGUGUCUAACUUGGAAUGUUGCCUCAAGGUCACAAAAUAAUUUAUCGAAAAUCGAGAAAUUGAUUUCAAAUGAACAACCUACAGCUAGAGCUGAUCUGAUUUGUUUAUGUUUUCAAGAGCUUCCAUCAAUAAAUGCAUAUUAUCAUCAGGAAACAGUAAAGACGCUGGCCAAAGCUGUUGUAGACACACAUCUGAUAUUUUGUUGGGUACGAAAAUGGUCACAAAUGGUGAUUGUUUUUAUUCGAGAAUCCCUGGUUGCAUACACCUCAACUCCGGAAUGGCAGUUCAUUUCGUGUAGUCCAAUUGUCAAACCGGUUAGAACGAAAGGGGCGAUUGCCGUUUUCUUUCGAAUUUUCCAGACAUCAGUCAUUUUUAUGACUUGUCAUAUGACUCAUGGACCAAUAUUGAAUCGUAUAUGUGACUAUUCGAAAAUCUGUGAUUCACUGCAAUUUCCAUCAUUGAAAAAGAGCGGUACACUGCCUUCUUCAGGAGUGAAACAAGCUGACUGUGUUUUCUGGCUAGGUGACUUGAAUUUUCGACUUCGAAGUAGAGAACGAGUUGAUGCACUGGAUUCACAAAGCAUAAAGCAGGAAAAUAUGGCGGAUUCCUUCUUUGAUCAAUUACUCAUUGAUGAUGAGUUAACAUUAGAAAAGUGUAAAGGAAAUGUUUUUGAAGGUUUCAGAGAGGCUUAUAUUAAUUUUCCACCUACGCAUAAGUUUAUUGUUGGCACCAACGAUUAUGUAAACGAUCGGAUUCCGUCAUAUACGGAUCGAAUUUUGUAUUAUGCGAAAGAAUCAAGUCGAAUAAGACCUGGGAAAUAUGAUUGUUUAUGGGAAGAGAAUGCUUCUGAUCACAAGCCCGUUUAUGGUUUUUUCACUAUGCGUGUUUUGGAACAGCGCUAUUAA